CAAAUCAAACAUACUCACAACGUACGGUGGAAAACUUGACAAACGAUAGCAAUCAUGAGCCCGGAAAGGACAAACCAUGGAUACAGGCAAGACCGUGGCCCCAGCGCUUAUACAAUAAUAAAAGAUCUCAUUGGCAUCGGGAUUUUUGUCUCACUGCUGGUAAUGAAUUAUCUGAACAUCAGCAUUCUCAGCGUCCUGGAUGGGCUGGAUAUAUCCCGCAACGAUUACCUGGAUGAACCACGGAUGCGCCAGAGGCGACCAAACGUCGAUCGGGCGCAGCGGCGGGAGGCUUCGCUACUGAACCCGCCGAGGGAGGAGGGAGCCGUCCUUGCGAACCAAAAACGUCCGACGAAGCGCGAUCGGAAACCGCCCCGGGCCCACCGCAAGAUCGACAUCCGCAAGAGCAGCCAGAGCAACGAGCUCCUCGUCCAAGAAGACGACAUUAUCUACAAAGGGAAAAUGUCGUCCUUCGACUCGGCACCCAUCGUCGACGAAAAACACAAGCUCUUGUUUUUCAGCACUCCCAAGGUGGCCUGCACCACCUUCAAGUUUCUCUUCCGACGCAUCAUGGGCGUCGAGGACUGGGACUUCCAGGACGGUAUAUCAGGAAAGAACCUUCCGCACAACCCCAAACACAAUAACCUGAAGUACUUGUGGGACUAUGACCGAGAGACCGCCACGAAAAUGAUGACGGAUCCAGAGUGGACAAGGGCGAUCUUCGUGAGGGAUCCCAAGAUGCGCUUCCUCAGCGCCUUCCUCGACAAGGCCGUCGCGAACUACGGCAGUUUUGUCACGCAGCACUGCUGCCCGGCCGCCGAGGAAUGCCGAACUUCCGAGCUCAAUAUGGAUAUGGCAAAAGCGACCGAACAAUGCCAAGUGGAUGCAUGGGAUUCGCGCAAGCUCGUCGUCAAACCCAGGUGGCUCGAGGAUCAACCUUGUUGCACAUUGUUUAAGGAAUGCAACGAAAAAACAAUGAACAUCGAAGGGUUCAUGGAUACAAUCAAAACAUGCCCAAACGAUCACUGGGGUAAGCUGAUUUGAAAGUUUUCUGAUGGAAUCAACUAGUGUAUUAUGCGUUCGUUCACCACACUCACUAAAUGGCGAUCUAACCCCCAAAUUAUCUCCUCCGGUCCUUGACUUUUACAAACUUAUAGAGCCGCAAAACAACCGAAUGGAACCCAAGUAUUGGAAAUACAUCAAUUUCGUUGGGCGCAUGGAAUCCAUCAACGAAGACACGGAGAAACUACUCAAGCGCGUCGGCGCUUGGGAUGAGUACGGUAAGAUGGGCUGGGGACCGCAUCACAAUGCCUCCAUGACCAGAACGUCUGGGAGUUAUCAGUCGCACAAAACGGGUUCCUCCUCGAAGAUCUACCAAUGGUUUACCCCCGAAAAAGAACGCAUGGUCGAAAAGUUUUACGCCGACGACUACGAAAACCAGGUCUUCGAUUUCAAGGCAACGAACCUGACGGAACCAACCCUUGAUGGCAAAAUCCUUAAGCAGAACGACGACAUCUACAGCCGCAAUGACUGGGAUGGUGCACCAAUAGUGGUUUCGAAGUACAAACUUAUUUUCUUUACGCAACCCAAAGUCGCUGCAACCAGGUGGAAACAGGCGUUUCGGCGAAUGGAAGGUUACAAUGACUGGAAGGAGAUUGGCGGACCCAAUGAACUUCCUCACCAGCCGCAGAAGAACGGAUUGAAAUACCUGUACGAUUUUCCGUUGAAAGAAGUAAGUUCUGAUUUUGUUGGUAACUGGUUCCGAUCGGUUCUUUGAAUAAGGAAGCCAAGGCAAUAUUUGCCUUGUGCGAUUUCUAAUAUUUUUUCAAUUCCGUGUGCAUCCUUUAAUACCUCAACAAAAAUACAGGCGGAAGAGAUGAUGACGAGUAAAGAUUGGACGAAAGCAAUUUUCGUGCGUUCUCCGAAAGACCGAUUUUUGUCCGUUUACUCUCACUUGCGAGACAAUUGGAAGCAGAUCGAUGAUCGAUGUUGCCCCAACCAGCGAGGUUGUUCCUCCACCCUCAACAACAUGAUUCAGUUCAUCGAACUUAUGAAGGUUUGCCACUCUACACACUGGAUACCGUAUUCGGAGCGCCUGGACUCAAAAUGGUGGGAGCACAUCAAUUUUGUAGGCAAGCUAGAAAACGUCGAUGUCGAUUCUGAGAACCUUCUGAAAUCAAUAGGCGCAUGGGAAGCCGUUGGCAAAAGUGGAUGGGGGGAAAAUGGCAACGAACCCAUAUUUAUCAAAAAUAUCAAUUCAUUUGAGAGUGUGCACAAUGCACUUGCCAAGUAUACCCCGCAAGCAGACAAACUGUUGAACGAUUACUAUGAAGAUGAUUAUAAAAACAAGCACCUCAACUUCAAAAGUAGAAAGGUGCAUGUCAUGACCCAAUAAUGCCGUCUGACGCUGAGGUAUAAGCAC